AUGGAGAAUACAGAAGAAGAAUGCGAGGAGUCUAUCUUCCCGACUGGGGUGGUGCGCCAUCGUCCAGAACCACCCGGCACCCUGGCACAGUCUACCAGGUUCACAGCACAUGAGAUCAAGCUGAUGUACCGAGGGUUCAAACAGGAAUGUCCAUCAGGUGUGGUGGAUGAGGAAGCCUUCAAGAAUAUAUUCUGCCAAUUCUUUCCUUUAGGAGAUGCAACGCAAUACGCUCAUUAUGUCUUCAAAACUAUUAAACAUAAACAGAGCGGGAAAGUCAAUUUUGAGGAGUUCCUGGACAUCCUGUCUCGCGUUGCUCGCGGCUCGGUCCAAGAGAAACUCUCCUGGGUGUUCACUCUUUACGAUGUUGACGGAGACGGCAGAAUCUCCCGAUCCGAGAUGCUAGCUGUAGUCCAAGCUAUCUACGAGCUGCUGGGACGAGCUGCAGCCCCGCCUGUACACAGCACGGCGGCUAAGGACCAUGUCGAUCGGAUCUUCCAUUUAAUGGAUACGAAUUGCGAUGGAGUAGUUACCCCUGAUGAGCUGGCUCACUGGUGCAGCCGGGACCCUGCUCUGCUGAGCUCUCUGCACACGAUGGACACCGUCUUGUCAGACUCGGCGCGCGCAUCCUGUUCAACGGCCGCUGAUAACUGUUCGCCAUCCCCCUCUGGCAUACCCACACCCUUCGCACCGCCUCAACAGAUAGACAGAGACAGAACUAGCAUCGAAAGCUACGCCCCACAGCUCCACCAUAAACGGGACACGAUGGAGAGUUUUGCGUCAGUUGAAACGCAUGGAGAAAGAGAUAGAAGUAUCGUUGAAACUGAAAGUGAGAGCGGGAUAGAUAGUGGUGCAGCUAGUUCGUCCACUAGUGGAGUGAAGAGUGUUGUUAGUAGUGGGAUUGGAAGUGAGAAGGUAACGGAGAAGAGAGAGGAGAAGAAGAAGCAACCUCCUCCAGUUCCUGCUAGAGUUACUGCUUGUACUAGCAGAAUGUCGGUCCUUAUGUCAGCUUGGAGUUGUCAUGCUCACUCAAAGGUCACAUUGGCGGUGGCGCGGUCACUGGAUCGCUCGAUUCCCUAUAUUAUGGUUGAGUUGGGCGAUGCUGGUGUACGUGUCAUACUCGUGAACGGGCGCCGUCAAUUGGGACUGGUCAGCUCCAGACUGUCUAUUGUCCUUAAGUUGUUUAGCAACUAUAACCCGAUCAUAAAUCUCAAUGCAGUUGAGGGUAAAGACUGCCACUUUAUGGAUAUCUAA